UUUGGGUCUCGGGGAGGCCCUGGCAGCGGGUUCCGACCUUUUGUGCCUCACAUCCCUUUUGACUUCUACGUGUGCGAGAUGGCUUUCCCCCGGGUGAAGCCGGCCCCUGAUGAAACUGCUUUCAGCGAAGCCUUGCUGAAGAGAAACCAGGACCUGGCUCCAACAUCUGCUGAACAGGCUUCUAUCCUCUCACUGGUAACUAAGAUCAACAACGUGAUUGACAACUUGAUUGUGGCACCGGGAACAUUUGAAGUGCAAAUCGAAGAGGUUCGCCAGGUGGGCUCGUACAAGAAGGGCACCAUGAUGACGGGCCACAACGUGGCGGAUCUCGUCGUGAUCCUAAAGAUCUUGCCCACACUGGAAGCCGUUGCCGCCUUGGGGAACAAAGUCGUGGAGAGUCUGCGGACCCAAGACCCCGCGGAAGUGCUGACCAUGCUCACCAACGAGACAGGCUUUGAGAUCAGUUCCGCGGAUGCGACGGUGAAAAUUCUUAUCACCACCGUGCCCCCCAAUCUACGCAAGCUGGACCCGGAGCUGCACCUGGAUAUCAAAGUGCUGCAGAGUGCCCUGGCUGCAAUCAGGCACGCCCGCUGGUUUGAAGAAAACGCCUCUCAGUCCACGGUGAAAGUUUUGAUCCGACUCUUAAAGGACCUGAGGAUGCGGUUUCCCGGCUUCGAGCCUCUCACCCCAUGGAUUCUUGACUUACUUGGACACUAUGCCGUUAUGAACAAUCCCACU